AAAUGAAUGCCAUUGCAAUGCAAAAUACUGUCGGUGUGAUCGAAGCUUUACCUCCAUUCUGCUGCGAUUCCAAUUGUGGGCUCGUGGUAUAUCCCUCUCGCGUCCUUUUAAUCAACGAGUCUUGUCGGGAAAACGCAGAGGCGAGGUGCAGGUACACAGCUGCUGGGACGAAGUAUAUAAUCUAUUGGAAUUAAAACAAUGUGACUGCCAAAUUCAAAUAAAUGGAAUGUACUCAACAUCAUAUCCAAAGCUGUUCUGGCCGUGUUAUGACAACCUAAGCCAACCACAGGACAACCUAAGCCAACCACAGGACAACCUAAGCCAACCACAGGACAACCUAAGCCAACCACAGGACAACCUAAGCCAACCACCUCCCGCUGCAGAGCAUUUUUAACUUUGAUGGGGAAAGUCCUUACCUGUUCAUUAUGGGAUUUUGGGGAAUGCCAUGGCCUACAGGAGACAUCUUCUCUCUGAGUGGAUACAGGCAAUAGGUUUUUAGGAUGCGUUCCCUGAGGAAGACAGUGUUGUUGGCCAUUGUGGCAUCAGUGGUGUUGGUGGUUGCCCUCCUCCAUUCUUGGCCCACCAGGGCCUACACCACAGUGGAUGUCCGCCAGAGACCAGGGCCUAUAGUAGAGAGGCACCUGGAGGAGAGGCUCCCAGAACCGGACCAAAGAUCAACCAACAUCCCCUAUCGCCUGAAGGAGAGUGUUGCAGGUCUGUUGGCACGUAACGGGUGCGUGUGUGAGGGUGAGAGUGGUGGCGUGAACCUGCCCUUUGCCCAGCUGCUGUUCCCACGGGUGUCGGCCCACCCCCUGCACACUGCUUUUGAUGCCUCUGAGCUGGAGGAGAUGAAAAGACGGAGGGCCAAGGAGUACCAGGGCUUCCAGAUGAGGUCUCAGACUCCUGUAGAUAUGCUCAUUGUGGCCGAGGCCAACAAUCCUCUGCAGUACCCAACACAGGGGGUGGAAGUACGGCCCCUCAAAACCAUACUCAUCCCAGGGCUUGCCUUACAGGACCUUCCCAGAGAGCUGUACACAGUCAACUUCACCUCCACCCUGGGAGUGUUAAAUGUGGCAGCGGAAGUUGAGGGGGUAAAGGUCAAAGGUGACGGGGAGAUGCACAUGACCCUGAUGAGCAGCCUGCUGCCCAACCUGAACCGGCAGUUACAGUUUGUCUCCUACACCAACACACUGUUCCACCCUAGUACAGCAGACACAGUGCAGUUUGAGACCGAGGGACACCAAGCCAUGUUCACCAUCAAGAUCCGUCAUCGUGUAACUCCAAAACUCUACAACACAGGACCCAAAGGGGAAUACAACAUCAGUGCCCUUGUUACGAUAGCAACCAAAACUUUCCUGCGCUAUGACAAGCUCCAAGAUCUCAUCGACAGCGUGCGACGAUACUAUCCCACUGUUACCAUAGUAAUAGCUGAUGACAGCGAAAACCCCAAGACUGUCUCUGGCCCCUACAUCGAACAUUACAUCAUGCCAUUUGGAAAGGGAUGGUUUGCAGGACGGAACCUAGCUGUUUCCCAGGUGACCACUAAAUAUCUGUUGUGGGUGGAUGAUGACUUCAUCUUCACGGCCAACACCAAGCUGGAGAAACUAGUGGAUGUACUGGAGAAGACCACCCUGGAUCUGGUGGGUGGUGCAGUGCGGGAGGCCACAGGCUACACUGCCACCUACAGGCAGACCAUCUCCAUUGAGCAAGGGGAGGAGGAGGAGGGCGACUGCCUGCACAUGCGGAGGGCCUUCCACCACAUCAUACAGGGCUUCCCAAACUGUGUGGUCACUGACGGGGUCAUCAACUUCUUCCUGGCCCGCACAGACAAGGUCCAGCAGGUGGGCUUCGACCCCCGCCUGGCCAGAGUGGCCCACCUGGAGUUUUUCAUUGAUGGCCUUGGCUCGCUUCACGUGGGAUCCUGUGAUGAUGUCAUCGUCAAUCACGCCACCAAGAUCAAGCUUCCCUGGGUCAGCCAAUCAGAGAGUGACAAGACUUACGCCAAGUUCCGCUACCCACCAGCCUCCUCGGAUGCCACACACACCAAAAAUGGCCUCCUCUAUUUUAAGAACCACUUCCAGUGUUUGACUCACAAUUAAAUGUCAUGUUUUUUUACCUGUA